AUGGCACAGGAGCCCUCACAGGGAAAUGGAGACCUGGAGAGGCAGUUAAUUUUAGUAAACGGCUCCAACGGCUCCACUCUACCCAAAGCCUUCUCCCUAGAGGACCUGCUGCAGCCUUUCUGUGUCUGGAGCGGUAGUGGCCCCAGGUCCUGUCACUGGUGGCUGUGUGCAACCGGGAAAGCCGACAGAGCAUUCUUUGGUCUACUCCAGGUCCAGGGCACCUCUUCUGCAGCCGCCCCCUGCAGCUCCAAGACCGAGGCUUCCUGCUGUGUCCUGGGACAGUUGUGCGGUGCAGAGGGCAUGGCCAGGCAGCAGCUUCCUGGGACUGUAACGAUGGGGAACCCCACCACAGCGGCCGGACCUGCCCAGACCAGCACCCAGCAACCACCCCUGUGGCCAAUUUCCCGUUUCCCCACUUUUCCCAGAAGCUCCCAUGGCCUUCCGCCUGGCGCUUCCCACACCCCCAGCCUCUCAGCAACCCGGUCUGGUCCCAAGAGGCUCUGUCCCAUCAUUCCACGUCCUCCUGGAGCCAUCCCAGCUCAAGAUCACGAUAAUGCCAUGAAUCGUGUCAUCUGUCACUUCCCAGAAACAGAAGCUCAGGCACCUCCAAAUCUGGGAUUCCGUGUUUACGUGGCUUCUGCAGUGGCUCUUUGUCUAGUGAUAGAUUUUGGAGACAGUUCUAGGGUUGAAAUGAGGGUUCACGACAUGUCCGAGGCAACAGUGGUGACCGCCUACCACCAGUAUGGGACAGAAGGAGUUUUUGUGCUCAAGGCGGUUAUUUAUUACGAGUUUCCUGGAGCUGAAGUGGAGCUUGGGCCUUAUUAUGUGGAAAUUGGCCACGAGGCCCUGUCUGUGUUCAUGAACUCUAGCAGUGUCCAUGAAGAUGAAGUUCUUGAAUUUCUUGGCUCCCACAUGAAUCAGAAAAGCACUGUUGUUGUGCAUCGUUUCCCAUCUAUUCCUUCUCAUAACGUGUCUUUUAUUUCUCAAACCCGAGUGGGCGACAGCCAGGCUUGGCUCAGCGUGACUGUCUGGUAUAAGAUGCAGUCCGUCUCUGUCUACACAAACGGAACUGUGUUUGCUGCAGACACAGACAUUGUGUUUGCAGCUGUUACCAAGGAAACAGCACCCCUGGAGUUUGUGUGGCAUUUUGGAGAGGACCCACCGGUGAGGACAACUUCAAGAAGCAUUAAAAAAAGACUCAGCAUCCCGCAAUGGUAUCGCGUGACAGUCAAGGCGUCCAGCAGGCUCAGCAGCGUGGUCUCCAAGCCCCACCUCAUCAGGGUGCAAAAGAAUAUUGUGGCCAAUCGGCUCCUGUCCCCCUCCUCAGCUCUGGUAAACGCCAGCGUGGCCUUCGAGUGCAGGAUCAACUUUGGCACAGAUGUUGCCUACCUGUGGGACUUCGGGGACGGCACCUUCACCCCGGGAAGCAGCUCCAUCAGUCACGUCUACAGAAGGGAAGGAGAGUUUACAGUGGAGGUCCGUGCCUUCAAUAAUGUCAGCACCGCCACCCUGAGAAAGCGACUUUUCAUCGUGCGCAAGCCCUGCCAGCCUCCCCUGGUGAAGAAUAUGGGGCCUGGGAAGGUCCAGGUGUGGAGGUCUCAGACUGUGAGGUUGGGAGUGACGUUUGAAACUGCUGUCCUCUGUGACAUUUCCCAGGGCCUUUCUUAUACCUGGAGCUUGAUAGACUCUGAGGGGUCCCCUGUCCCCCUCCCUGCUGCUGUGGACACUCACAGACAGACCCUCGUCCUUCCGAGCCACACGCUGGAGUACGGGAACUACACUGCCCUUGCCAAGGUGCGGAUCGGAGGCAGCGCGGUGCACAGCAACUACUGCGUGGGCCUGGAGGUGCGGGCCCGCGCCCCGGUCAGCGUGAUCUCUGAGGGCACACACCUAUUCGUCCCCAGGACCGCCUCGCCCCCCAUCGUCCUCAGGGGGACCCAGUCCUUCGACCCUGACGAUCCUGGGGCCACUCUCAGGUACCACUGGGGAUGCACGGCUGCCAGCUCACCUGGGCGGCCCUGCUCCGACUCCUCCACUCCACACCGGCUGGACACCAGGGCUCCCACCAUUUCCUUUGCAGCGAAAUGGCUCAGCGACAGCUAUGACCAGUUCCUUGUGACACUGACUAUCUCCAGUGGCGGCCGGAACUCUUCUGAGGCCCAGGUGUUCCUGUCCACCCGCCCUGACUCGGCUUUCAGAUUCGUCCACAUCUCCUGGGUCAACUUUAAAGACACCUUUGUCAAUUGGAAUGAAGAACUUUCUCUGCAAGCUGCCUGUGAGGACUGCGGUGAAAAACCAAAUCUUUCUUACUCCUGGGAUCUCUUUUUAGUCAAUGCAACAGAAAAGAAUAGGAUGGAAGUUCCCUUUUGCAGAGCUGCAGGGCUGCUGGGCUCCUUGGGACUUGGUGCCAUUCUGAAGUUACCAGAGCCAAGCCCGCUGUCCACUGAACCCAGCCCAACACAUCCCGAUGUGACGACCACACUGUUCUCACGGGAGUUGUCACCCAAGACCCUGGGCCGGCCUGCCCUUUCAGUUCCAGGAAGAACCUCCGCAGAACCCACAGCUGGUGCCCCCCGGAUUCUUGCUACUGUAGACUCCGAGGUCCCUGGGGAGGCUCCCAAGGAAGGGCCACCAGACCCAGAGCCAGGGUCACAGGGCGAGGGGUCCCUGAUGACCAGCCCUUCUGAGAGAAGUUGGCCCCCAACCAACACUGCCCCUUACCUCUCUGAUUUUGAAGCCUAUUACAGUGAUAUCCAAGAAGCAAUACCAUCUGAAGGAAGACAGCCAGGGAACAAGAGCAGCCUUCCAGGAUCAGGACCAAGUUUGAGUGCCGAGGAGGAGAGCCCCGGCGAGGGGGAUAACCUGGUGGGCCCCUCCCUCCCCAAGGACAGAGCUGUGCCUGUCCUCCUGAUUGACUGGCCCAAGGCCCUGGUGGGCCGAGCUGUUUUCCAAGGCUACACCUCCUCGGGUAUCACAGAACAGACGGUGACAAUCAAGCCGUACUCACUGAGCAGUGGAGAGACGUACGUCCUGCAGGUGUCUGUGGCUUCAGAGCACAGCUUACUAGGUAAAGCUCAGCUGUACUUGACAGUCAACCGAGCUCCAGGGGACGUGGCCUGCCAGGUUCAGCCCCACCGUGGUCUGGAGGCGCACACUGUCUUCGGUGUCUUCUGCAUGUCAGGAAAACCGGACUUUCACUAUGAAUUUGGCUACCAGAUUGGAAACACCUCCAAACACACUUUAUACCGUGGAAGAGAUGCCCAGUAUUAUUUUUCUCUGCCAGCUGGGGAUCCCUCGGACAAUUACAAAGUUUUGGUUUCCACUGAGAUCACAGAUGGCAAAGGCUCCAAGGUACAGCCAUGCGCUGUGGUGGUGACCGUGCUGCCCCGCUACCGUGGGAGUGACUGCCUGGACGAGGACCUAUAUAAUUCCAGCCUGAAAAGCCUGUCUAUCCUCCAGCUGAUGGGGAGUUACACAGAAAUGAGGAACUACAUCACCAUGACCACUGGGAUCCUGAGUCGUUUGUCUAAGGAGGACGGAACUGCCUCAUGUGGCCAAUGGUCACGAAUACAAGAUGAAUUAAUUUCUUCAGUAUGCAAAUUAGCUUUUGCAGAUCAGGAAGAAAUGACUGAUUCUGUUCUUAUGUUGAGAAACCUCAUAACCUUCUCUAAUAAGCUCAGCUUUGAGAGUGCAGUUCUCAUCCUCAAAUACUCCCGGACGCUGUUUGCUCAAGGCUGGUUCUCGGGGAGGUGUGUGGCUGACAGAGGCCUGAGGCUGGAGCUCGUCCUUCUCAUGUCCAGAGUCUGGGACAUCUCUAAGGAAGAAAAGUUGCAGAGUGAGGGCUAUCUACGGGAAGAGGCAAUUAUCGUCAUCUCAGAUUUAUUGCUCGGCUGUCUCUCUCUGACCCACGUUAGCACUGGGCAGAUGGAGUUCCAGACGCUGCUUCAUCAGAACCUUCAGAGCUCCGUCCAGAGCCUGGGCUCCGUCCAGGUGCAUUUACCUGGUGACCUUGCCGGACACAGUCCUGCUGGGGCAGAAACGCAGAGUUCGUGCUACAUUAGUCAGCUCAUACUCUUCAAGAAGAGCCCGUAUCCAGGGGGCCGAGCUCCUGGGCAGAUGGGUGGAGUUGUUCGCCUCGCCCUCUACAACUGCUCCAGCAGAAGGCCCAUCGGCAGACAGUGGCUGAGGAAACCCCUGACCCUGGAGUUUGAGGAGGAAGACAACCCAGAUCAUAGAAGAAAUAAAACAACAUUUGUAUUGCUUCGGAAUAAAGUGAAUUUCCAUCAGUUCAUUGGACUUUCUGAAAACCCCCAGGAAUCUCUACAGAUAGAAAUCGAAUUUUCUAAGCCCAUCACUAGAGCAUUUCCCGUCAUGUUGCUAGUAAGAUUCUCUGAGAAACCUACUCCCUCUGAUUUUCUUGUGAAACAGAUCUACUUCUGGGAUGAGCAAAUUGUGCAAAUGUAUAUACCUGCUGUCUCAUGGAAAGAUGCCAACAUAGGCUAUUUAUCCUUAUUAGAUGCUGACUAUGACAGAAAAGCUCCAAACAAAUAUUUAGCGAAGGCAGUUAACUAUACAGUACAUUUCCAGUGGAUCCGAUGCCUGUUUUGGGAUAAGAGAGAGUGGAAGUCUGGAAGUUUCUCCCCACAACCAGGAGCUUCUCCUGAAAAAGUUAACUGCAGCUAUGACCGCCUCGCCACGGCAUUCUCUGUCCUCAGAAGAAGGCCAAAUGCCAGUUUUGAAGUGAGUGACAUUUCCAAGUUACAGAGUCACACAGAAAACCUCCUUCCCAGCAUUUUUAUUGUGGUUUUUAUGGUUCUUUAUGGAUUUUUGGUUGCUAAAAGCAGACAAGUAGAUCGUUACGAAAUGAAGAAAACUGGGUACAUCUUUCUGCAAGAAGCGCCCCGGCCCGGCCGCGAGCUGUAUGCGGUCGUCAUCGACACCGGCUUCCGGGCCCCGGCCAGGCUCACCUCGAAGGUUUACAUUGUUUUAUGUGGUGAAAAUGGACUUUCAGAAACCAAAGAACUCUACUGUCCAGAGAAGCCCCUGUUUGAAAGGAAUUCCAGACACACCUUUAUCCUGAGCGCUCCUGACCGGCUGGGCCCGCUGCGGAGGAUCCGCCUCUGGCACGACAGCCGUGGGCCUUCCCCGGACUGGUUCCUCAGCCACGUGAUGGUGAAGGCACUGCACACAGGACAGGGCUGGUUCUUCCCUGGCCAGUGCUGGCUGGCGGCCAGCCGGCACGACGGCCGCGUGGAGCGGGAGCUCACCUGUCUGCAAGGGGGACUCGGCUUCUGGAAGCUCUUCUGCUGCAAGUUCAUAGAGUACCUGGAAGAUUUCCACGUCUGGCUCUCCGCGUACAGCCGGCCCUCCCCCAGCAGAUACCUGCACACGCCGCGCCUCGCCGUGUCCUUCUCCCUGCUGUGUGUCUACGCGUGUCUCGCGGCCCUGGUCACGGCUGGAGGGCAAGAGCAGCUCCUGCUGGCUGUCGGCCCUGCUGGCGUGGCCCUCGGAUCCUUCCGGGUGGGUCUCCUGUGCGCCCUCCUGGCCUCUCCGGGGGCCCAGCUCCUGUCGCUGCUCUUCAGGCUCAGCAAGGAAGCCCCGGGGCCUUCCCAAGCUGAACCAGGCCGCCCCUUGGGAGGAGCGCACACGGAGGCAACUCCGGGCCCUAAUUCCCGCAGAAGGACGCCAGAUGCACAGGAGCCACGCAAGCAUCCUGCGUCAGCCGUUCUCUCUGGGGACACCUGGAGGAAGGCCGUGAGCGGCGACAGUGCAGCCUGUCCAGCCCCCGAGCUGGAGGCCCGUGGGACUGCCCAUGGCGGGACUGCUGUGAGCAGGGAGAGCCACCACUGCCUUCCCCGUUCACAAGCCCCCCGCAGUGGUUUGGAAGGACUCGCACCCCCAGCAGGGGCCCAUCUGCCUUGGUCAGACUCUGCGGCAUUGGCUGUUUGUGGGAUGGCUUCCCUGGCCUGUGGUUUGGGGACAGGAUUUCUAGGCUACAGGUUCGGCCCGGCGCAGUGUGUGCAGUGGCUGCACCUGCUGUUUCUCUCCGUGGUCUGCUGCGUUUUCGUCACCCAGCCACUUAUGAUAUGCCUCAUGGCGUUGGGUUUCGCUUGGAAAAGAAAAGACGACAACCACUUUUUUACUGAGUCUUUAUGUGAGGCAACCAGGAAUCUGGACGUGGAACUGGAAGAACAUUCCCGGACCUGCCUUCCCCUGUCUUCGAGCUGUGCGGUUCCUGGCUGUGCGAGCGAAGUGGAAAAAGUCGUGGCUGCCCGACAGCGAGCACGGCACCUGCGCUGGGCGCGUCCACCAUCCAUGGCCCAGCUCAAGGUCACCAGGGAGAGGAUGAGGAGAGAGAGUCGCAUGCAGGCGGCCCUGAGAGACAUUUCCAUGCACAUCCUCAUGCUGCUUUUGCUUUUGUGUAUAAUAUAUGGGAGAUUCUCCCGAGAUGAAUAUUCUCUCAAUCAAGCUAUCCGGAAGGAAUUUACAAGAAAUGACAGAAACUCCUUGGGAGGCUUGAGAAGCAUGGCCGACUGGUGGGACUGGAGUCUGACCACGCUGCUGGACGGCCUGUACCCGGGAGGCGCCUCGGUGGCCAGCAGGCCGGGGGCUCAGCCUGGAGCUCUUGGAGGAAAAUGCUACCUAAUAGGCAGCUCAGUAAUUAAGCAGCUAAAAGUGUCUCCCAGCAGUUUAUGCAAGCCUCACAGGGCGUUUUCGGUCCUCAUCGAAGACUCUCUUCCUGCAUGUAGCCCUGAAGUUGGAGGCCCUGGGAACCCCCACCUGAUAGACCCAGAGAAACAAAACGUGACCCCGGGUGGGCCCAGGGGCUGCGGGGCAAGGGAGGAUUGUGUGCUCAGGCUGGGCAGAACCAGGCCCGAAGCCCACGCGGCCCUGGCAGGACUCAGGGCCAGCAGGUGGAUCGACCGCAGCACCAGCGCCGUGUCCGUGCACUUCACCCUCUAUAACCCUCCAACCCAGCUCUUCACCAGCGUGUCCUUGAGCGUGGAGAUCCUCCCCAUGGGGGGUCUUGUCCCCUCAUCCCUGGUGGAGUCGUUCAGCAUCUUCUGCCGUGACUCAGCCCUGCGAUACCACCUCAUGCUUCCCGAGCUGGUCUUCCUGGUGCUCAACCUGGUUCACUUCUGUUUUCAACUCUACGGCAUGAUGGAGAAGGGUGUCCUCAACUAUUGGCGAAAACCAAGAAACUGGCUGGAGCUCUCUGUGGUUGGAGUGAGUCUCGCCUACUAUGCAGCCUCCGGCUACCUCGCUACUCUCGCUGGGGAUGUAACUGAUCAGUUCCACAGAGGACUUAGCCAAGUGUUUAUGGACCUCACCUUUAUGGCAUCAUGGAAUCAGAGGGUGCGGUGGCUCCAGGGAAUCCUCUUGUUCCUCUUGAUGUUGAAAUGCGUCCAUCUUCCUGCCAUCCAAGAAACAAUGGUGUCCUGCACCUCCGUGAUGCGCUGCUCACUCCCCAGGGCGUUUGCGCCAGUGCUGGCGGGGGCUCUGACGCUGGCUGCCCACUCCCACCUGCGCCAACUUCUGCUCUCCACCUGGGCUCUCCCUUCCAGCACCUUCGCAGAUGCCUUCCCUGGGCUGCUGUUUCGUUUUCCAGGAGGAAGCCCCAAAGACUUAUUCCUCGGCCUUUCCAAGUCUGACCGGAGGGCCAUGGCUUGUUACUGUGUGGCCCUUUGUGCAGUGACGGCCGCACUGUGUUCCGGAAUGCUGAGAGGUUCCCUCAUGACUUUAACCCAAAGAAGAAAAUCUUUUCAAAGUAAAUGUCUCGUGAGACUUAAAGAUGUCACUGCUUACACUUGGGGGAAGGCCCUCACCUUUUCGGGACUGGAAAUGCCAAAGUUGGAAGAGACUGAGAUGGUUGAGAACCACGUAAGCUGCGGGGUCUUGGAUUAG